UUCGUUCAUACUCCGUACUAGGCCGCCUCCGACUGCAGGCAGCAAAGGCCAGGCCAGGCAGACAGAACUUCCUUCCCUUAUUGUCGUCAACUUUCUCGACUCGCCUCUUUCUACUUCUUCUCCAUGGCCCCCCUUUGGAUGACUUGACCGAUUCUACGAUACACAGCAUGGCGGACAAUAACCCACAUCGGGAAGAGGAGGCGGUGGAGGAAGAAGAGGAAAUCGAUGAGACUAGCUACAAAUCGGUGAAAGAUGCUGUUCUCUUCGCGAUCGACGUCAGCGACUCCAUGUUGACCCCUCGCCCCUCACCAGAUCCCAAGAAACCAACACAUGAAUCGCCCGCUACUGCGGCCCUCAAAUGCGCCUAUCGUUUUAUGCAGCAAAGAAUCAUCUCUAAUCCACAAGACAUGAUGGGUGUUCUGUUAUAUGGGACGCAGGCGUCUAAGUUUUAUGACGAGGAUGAAGACAGCCGAGGAGACCUCUCCUACCCUAACUGUUACCUCUUCACUGACCUGGACGUUCCGUCUGCGCAGGAGGUCAAAGAUCUUCGAGCACUGGUAGAUGAUGAGGCAGAAUCAAGGGAGGUGCUUACUCCGGCAAAUGAGCAAGCCUCUAUGGCGAACGUCCUAUUUUGCGCCAACCAGAUUUUCACAUCGAAAGCGCCAAAUUUCCUCUCACGGCGGUUGUUCAUUGUAACCGACAAUGACAACCCCCAUGGUAAUGAUAAGUCUCUUCGGUCUGCAGCAACUGUACGUGCUAAGGAUCUCUACGAUCUUGGUGUUACUAUCGAGCUGUUCCCGAUUUCACGGCCCGAUCAUGAGUUUGAUAAUUCCAAGUUCUAUGAUGAUAUCAUCUACAAAACGUCACCCAACGAUCCAGAGGCUCCUGCUUAUCUGCAAUCUGAUCCAAAGGCAUCAACAGCAACCGGUGAUGGAAUUUCACUUCUGAACACUCUUUUAUCUAGCAUUAGUUCCAGAACUGUGCCACGCCGUACGCACUUCUCCGACAUGCCUUUGGAGCUUGGGCCCGAUCUUCGAAUCUCGGUCUCUGGCUAUAUACUUUUCAGACGGCAAGAGCCCGCUAGAAGCUCCUUCAUUUGGCUUGGAGCCGACAAACCUGAAAUCGCGAAAGGAGUCACCACUCAAAGCACAGACGAUACUUCCCGGAUGAUCGAGAAGUGGGAAAUCAGGAAAGCUUAUAAAUUUGGCGGCGACCAGGUAACCUUUACAUCUGAGGAACAGAAAGCACUCAGAGACUUCGGUGAACCAGUGAUCCGGAUCGUGGGCUUCAAGCCUAUCGCUACGCUUCCUUUCUGGGCGAACGUGAAGCACCCAUAUUUCAUCUACUCAUCCGAAGAGGACUAUGUGGGCUCCUCGCGGGUAUUUUCUGCUUUGCAUCAGACUCUUCUACGUGAUAAGAAGAUGGCACUUGUCUGGUUCAUCGCACGCAAGGGUUCUGGCCCAGUUCUCGCUGCUAUGAUUGCAGGUGAAGAAAAGAUAGAUGAGAACGGUGUACAGAAGUACCCUCCCGGGAUGUGGAUUCUGCCCCUUCCUUUCGCCGAUGAUGUUCGACAAAAUCCAGAAACCAGUCUGAAUGUGGCCCCGGAGCCAUUAAUUGAUCAAAUGCGUGUAAUCAUCCAGCAAUUGCAGCUUCCAAAAGGGCUGUAUGAGCCUCUCAAAUACCCAAAUCCAUCCCUUCAAUGGCAUUACCGCAUACUGCAGGCCCUUGCAUUGGACGAAGAACUUCCCGAAAAGCCCGAAGAUAAGACAAUUCCUAAAUAUCGUCAAAUUGACAAGCGUGCUGGGGAUUAUGUCUUGUCCUGGGCUGAUGAACUCGAAAAGCAAUACGCAAAGAUCUCGGCAGCGGCACCUCGUCCCACAAGCACCCUUGUCAAAAGAGGGGCAAAGGAUCGAGCAGGCGAACUGGACGAUGAUGGACCAAGCAAACCAUCAAAGAAGGUUAAGGUUGAGGAGGCCUCAGGGGGCUUCGAGGAAGAGGUUCGCAAACAUUAUAAGAAAGGCACUCUAUCCAAGCUUACGGUCGCCAUCCUGAAGGAUUUCCUGACCUCUCAUGGAUGCUCCACUGCUGGAAAAAAGGCAGAUCUUAUUGGGCGAGUGGAGGAAUUUUUGGAGGCAUAACCCUUUUAGAUACACCCUUAGGCAACCAGUAGUAGUUGUGACCUCG